AUGGAUUGGAUCUUGAAAACUUUAAACAAUCCAAGUCAACAGUAUUGGAAAUAUCAGAAACCGUACUUGGUAAGUUCUCGCUUUAAGAUCAAAUGUCAUCUUACGCUCGUAUAUUCUGUAGGUUAUGGAAGUCAUGGUACAGUAGUAUAUAAAGGCAAAUUUGACGGUAGAGACGUAGCCGUCAAGAGACUCUUGGUCGAUUUCUAUGACGUUGCAUUAAAAGAAGUCCAGCUCUUGCAGGAAAGUGACGACCAUCCGAACGUGGUCCGAUAUUUUUACAAGGAGCAAUCCGAUCGGUUCUUGUAUAUUGCACUCGAACUCUGCUAUGGCUCGCUGAAUGACUACAUGGAGCGCACCUUAUCAAUUACAAAUUUGCAAUUAUGCGAUGCCAUGAAUCCAGCCGAUAUUCUUUUCCAAAUCACCAGUGGACUUCAGUACCUGCAUUCUCUCAAAAUCGUGCAUCGUGAUAUCAAGCCGCAUAAUAUUCUUCUGGCACCUACCAAGCACCGAACCAAACACGCAUCAUCCAUGCGUAUUCUUAUCUCUGAUUUUGGACUCUGCAAGAAGCUGGACGGAGAGCAGAGCAGUUUUAAUUACACGGCAGCAUCACCUGCAGGCACAUCAGGCUGGAGAGCACCUGAGUUACUGGCAGGUGCACUGGCAACGGAGAUCUCGGAUACAAGCAAUAGCUCGUCAUCACUCGCCACGCGAGCGAUCGAUAUAUUUUCGGCAGGCUGUGUGUUUUAUUAUGUGCUCAGCCGAGGUGAUCAUCCAUUUGGUAAUCGGUUUGGACGGGAAAAUAAUAUAUUAAACAACAUAUAUGACCUGAGCAAGUUGGAUUCUAUGGGUGAAGAUGGAGUAGAAGCAAAGGAUUUGGUGGAACGAAUGAUAUCAACUGACCCUAAAGCAAGACCAACAGCAGAUGCUAUUCUGUCACAUCCAUUCUUUUGGACUACGUCUAAGCGGCUUUCAUUUUUACAAGAUGCAUCGGAUCGAUUUGAGGUUGAGGAACGUGACCCACCUUCUCCGUUGUUGCUAGAGCUGGAAUCUGGCGCAGACAAAGUGAUUGGAGGAGAUUGGUAUCGAAGGAUUGAUCGUGUGGUAGCCAAUGAUUUAGGCAAGUUUAGAAAGUACGAUGGUAAGCGAGUAAGAGAUCUAUUAAGAGCUCUACGGAAUAAGAAACAUCACUGGCAAGAUUUACCAGAUCAAGUGAAAAAGGUCUAUGGAGAGCCACCGAAUCAAUUCUUGUAUUACUUUACAGCAAGAUUCCCUCAUUUGCUAUUGCAUACUUACUAUGUUGUGGCUAACCAUCCAGAAUUACGAAAAGAAGGAUCAUUAGGACAAUACUUUUAA